AUGUCUCGUCCACAAGUUUCUGUUCAAGCUUUGAACGGUGAGGCCACCUCCGCCUCCGUUCCUCUACCAGCAGUCUUUUCUGCUCCUAUCCGUCCAGACAUUGUCCACUCUGUCUUCACCUCAGUGAACAAGAACAAGAGACAAGCUUACGCUGUUUCUGACAAGGCUGGUCACCAAACCUCUGCCGAAUCCUGGGGUACUGGUCGUGCUGUUGCCCGUAUUCCUCGUGUCGGUGGUGGUGGUACUCACAGAUCCGGUCAAGCUGCUUUCGGUAACAUGUGUCGUGGUGGUCGUAUGUUCGCUCCAACCAAGACCUGGAGAAAGUGGAACGUCAAGGUUAACCACAACGAAAAGCGUUACGCUACUGCUUCCGCUAUCGCUGCUUCUGCCGUUGCCUCUUUGGUCUUGGCCAGAGGUCACAGAGUCGAAAAGAUUCCAGAAAUCCCAUUGGUCGUUUCCGAUGACUUGGAAUCUGUUCAAAAGACCAAGGAUGCCGUUGCUGCUUUGAAGGCUGUUGGUGCUCAUGCCGACCUUGUCAAGGUCUUGAAGUCCAAGAAGUUGAGAGCCGGUAAGGGUAAGUACAGAAACAGAAGAUUCACUCAAAGAAGAGGUCCUUUGGUUGUCUACUCUGAAGAUAAGGGUCUAGUCAAGGCUUUCAGAAACUUGCCAGGUGUUGAAACUGCAAACGUCUCUUCUUUGAGCUUGUUGCAAUUGGCUCCAGGUGCUCACUUGGGUAGAUUUGUCAUCUGGACUCAAUCUGCUUUUGCCAAGUUGGACCAAGUCUGGGGUUCUGAAACCACUGCUUCUGCUGUCAAGAGUGGUUACACUUUGCCAUCUAACAUCAUUUCUACCUCUGAUGUUACCAGAAUUAUCAACUCUUCUGAAAUCCAAUCCGUUGUCAGACCAGCUGGCCAAGCAACCCAAAAGCGUACUCACGUUUUGAAGAAGAACCCAUUGAAGAACAAGCAAAUCUUGUUGAGAUUGAACCCAUACGCUAAGGUCUUUGCUGCUGAAAAGUUGGGCUCCAAGAAGGUUGAACAAAAGAAGAGCACUCCUGCUAAGGUUUUCUCUGAAACUUUGAAGCACGAUUAA